AUGUCAACUACCGACAUACCACAUGUUUCAGAAGAAGAAGAGAACUUUUUGAGAAUGAAUGUGUUGAUGAAUGUCAUUUCGACAAGAGCCCUGCGUGUGUUAUUUUAUAAUGAGUUUAAUCCAUCUUGCAUAAGAGCCUUUUUUAAAAAGAACAAAAGAAAACUUGUUGGCUUGAAAAAGAAGCAUGUCAUUAAUGAAUCUCAAUGGAACUUACUGUUUCCCCGUAGAGGUCCCCCUAAUUCUACAACAUUUGAUAUCACAUUGAUGGUAGUAUUAAUAAAACGUCUGACUAAACUAUCUCCGCCUACAUGUGGAUACGACCAACUUCCAUCUAGUACAGAUACCACAACCACAGCUGACGUGGCAAGAAUAAAGCAUUACAGGAACGAGCUAGCACAUACUAAUGAUGGAAAGAUCAACUCUGCUUUCUUUACCAAGGCUUUGGAGGAUAUCACUGGGGCGGUAAAAAGGCUAGGUGGACCAAGUAUGGAAAAAGAAUGUAAAGAGCUAAGAACUAAACAUUUAGAUCAAGCAACGGUACCUUGGAAUAUAAGAGUACAAAUCAAUCAGACAUUGGAUAAAUGGCAGAAGACACAUGUUAAUUUUGUAGAAACAAGAGCUGCAAAACAAGUGUUAGAAUGUGUCCGGGUAAAUAGUUGUGUGACAAUAACAGCUAGUUCUGGUGCUGGGAAGACAGCAACCCUUCAUCAUGUGGUUUUCAAAAUGGCAGAUGACGGGUACAAUAUACUACUGGUAACCAAUCCCCAGGACAUUAUUACAUUUUAUGAUCCAAAUCAGAAGACGUUGUUUGUUAUUGAUGACUUCUGUGGUACAUAUUCUUUAAACCAGUCUGACCUACAAAGCUGGGAAUCAGUCCUUAAACGUAUCAAAGAACUGAUACAGAAUAAACUCACAAAAAUCAUUGUUGCCUGUCGAUUACAAGUGUUCAAAGAUGGAAAGUUCGAAUCUUUAUCAAUUUUCAAAACAAACGUUUGUAACUUGUUAUCAAAAGACUUGAGCUUGUCGAAAACUGAAAAGCAGUUGAUAGCAGAGAUGUAUUUGGAAACUAAAGCUGCAGAUAUUAUUAAGAAUAUUGACCUAUGUGACUUUUUCCCCCUUCUGUGCAAAUUAUAUCAUGAUAAUCCUGUCGGUAAUAUUUUAGAUUUCUUUCAAAAUCCAUUUUCAGUGUACGAAGAAGAAAUAGAACAACUAAGAACCAAUGCACAUGGUAAAUACUGUGCCUUGGCAUUGUGUGUCAUGUUCAAUAAUAUGAUUUCGGAGAAAGUAUUGACAGAAAAAAUCAAUUCGGAGACAAAAGGUAUUAUUGAGAACACAUUAGAGGCAUGCAGACUAAAUAAAGGUACAUCAAGAUUAACCAUAUUGGACGAACUUGAUUCACUUGAACAUAUGUUCAUUAAGAAAGAUAAUGGUUUAUACAAAACUGUACACGAUAAACUUUUUGACUUUUUAUCGUAUUAUUUUGGAAAAACUAUGAUUCAGUGUUUAAUUAACAAUGCACACAGUACAUUUAUAAUGGAACGAUUUUUAUUAGAAGGUGAAGAUAACGACCAGUUCAUCACUAUUGUUCCUUCUGAACACCAUCAAAUAUAUAUAGAAAGAAUGAUUAAUGACUGGUUUAAAGGUGAAGUUACGCGUGUGUUUAAUAACAAAAACAUGGUUAACAAAAAUUUUAGACAGAGAUUCCUGGGUCAUUUGAAUUCACUUGACAUUGUAGAUCAGAUACAAUUAGCACAAACCUGUGAUAUCUUUUACAAGGACACUCCUCUAUUUCACUGUUGUUCUAUUUGCGACAUUCCAUUUAUUCAGUGGAGUUUACAACUCUGUGAUAAUAUCAACAUGUGCGAUAUUAAUAAUGUCAGUCCUCUACAUUUAUCAACACAGAGUGGUCUUACUGAGGCAGUUAAACUGUUAUUGAACAGAAAGGCAGAUGUUAAUAAGUGUAGGUAUGACCAAUCAUCUCCACUUUUUACAGCUUGUCAGAACAAUCAUAUUGAUAUACUUAAGCUUUUAAUAGACAAUAAGGCAGACGUCAACAAGUGUUUGAUUGAUGAAACAACUCCCCUUAUUAUUGCCUGUCAAAAGAAUCAUGUUGAUGUAGUAAGGCUAUUGCUUGACAACAAGGCAGUCAUCAAUAAGUGUACAGAUGAUAAACAAUCUCCUCUUUUUGUUGCUAGUCUAAAUAAUCAUGUAGACAUAGUAAACAUGUUACUUCACAACAAGGCAGACAUUAAUAAGUGUACAGUUGAUGGACAAUCGCCCCUGUUUAUUGGUUGUCAAAAUAACCAUAUAGAUACAGUCCAAAUGUUACUUGACAACAAGGCGGACAUCAACAAAUGUAUGUAUGAUGGCACAUCUUCUUUAUUUAUGGCUUGUCAGGAGGGUUAUACAAGUAUAGUCAAACUUUUACUGGAUAAUAAAGCCGUGAUUAAUAAGUGCAAUGAUACUGGAACAUCUCCCUUUUUUAUGGCUUGCCAAAAUAAUCAUAUAGAUAUAGUAAAACUGCUACUUGACAAAAAAGCGGAUAUCAAUAAGUGUAUGAAUGAUGACACAUCUCCCUUGUUUAUUGCUUGCCAGGAUAAUCAUGUAGACAUAGUACAGCUACUACUUGACAAUGGAGCAGCCAUUAACAAGGUAACAGAUGAGGAACAAUCUCCCUUACAUAGUGCAUGUCAAGAAGGAAAUACAAAUAUUGUGAAAUUAUUAAUUGACAACAAGGCAGACGUUUAUAAGUGUAGGAAUGAUGGAACAUCUCCCCUAUUUAUUGCUUGUCAAACAAAUCAUGAAGAUAUAGUAAAGCUGUUAAUUAGAAGCAAUGCUGACAUUAAUAAAUGUUUGAGUAAUGGAACAUCACCCCUGUUCAUUGCUUGUCAGGAGGGUCAUGCAAACAUAGUAAACCUUUUACUCGACAACAAGGCAAACGUUAAACAAUGUGUAAAUGAUGAGACAUCUCCAUUAUUCAUUGCUUGUCAAGUAGGAUAUACAGAUAUCGUUAAGCUGUUAUUAAAAGCUAAGGCAGACAUUAAUAAGUGUAUGAACAGUGACGCUUCUCCUUUGUUUGUUGCUUGUGAGAAGAACCAUGUAGAUAUUGUCAAGUUGUUAUUGACGAGAAAUGUUGCAUCUCCACUUUUUAUUGCAUGUGCAAAGAAUAAUAUUAAUAUUGUUAAGUUGUUAUUGGAUAAAAAAGCAACCGUAAAUAAGUUUAACGGGUAUAUGUUUUCUCCAUUGGUUAUUGCUUGUCGUGAAGGAAAUAAAGAUAUAGUAAAUCUGUUGCUGGAAAAUGAGGCAGACAUCAAUAAUUUUACUAAAGAUGAAGAAUCUCCUUUUUACAUUGCUUGUGCAAAGAAUCAUAUUGAUAUUGUUAAGUUGUUACUGGAUAAAAAAAUCAACAUUAAUAAGUGUAAUAGUGAUGGAGCAUCGCCAUUGUUUAUUGCUUGUCAGGAAGGAAAUAAGCAUAUUGUACAGCUUUUACUGGACAACAAGGCAGACAUUAAUAAAUGUUCGAAUGAUGAAAUAUCUCCAUUGUAUAUUUCUUGUCAAGAAGGAUUUUCUGAUAUAGUUGGGCUGUUACUAAACAAAAAGGCAGACAUUGAUAAAUGUAGGAAUGAUGGAGCAUCUCCAAUGUUUAUUGCCUGCAUGAAUGGAUAUAAAGAUGUAGUUAAACUUUUUCUUGAAAAGGGGACAUAUAUUAAUAAGUGUAGGAAUGAUGGCGCAUCAUAUCUGUUUAUAGCUUGCAUGAAAAACCAUUUAGGUGUAGCUACACUGUUACUGGAAAACAAGGCAGACAUUAACAUUUGUUUGAAGGAUAACACAUCUCCCUUGUAUAUUGCCUGUCAAGAAGGACAUAAGGAUAUAGUUGAGCUGUUGCUUGACAAAAAAGCAGACAUGAAUAAGUGUAGGAAUGACGAAGCAUUUGUCCUGUUUAUAGCAUGUCAGAGGAAUCAUGUAGAUAUAGUAAAGAUGUUACUUAAUGAAAAAGCAGACCCAAAUAAGUGUGCAUCUGAUGGAACAUCUCCCCUUUUCAUGGCGUGUCAGGAGGGAUAUUACGACAUAGUAAAGUUGUUACUACAACAUAAAGCAGACACGAAUAAGUGCAGGAAUGAUGAUACAUCUUCUCUGUUUAUCGCUUGCCAGGAAGGCUAUAAAGAUGUUGUAAAGCUGCUAUUGAACAACAAGGCAGACAUUAAUAAGUGUACAGAUGAUGGAUCAUCGCCCCUGUUUAUUGCUUGUCAAUUUAAUCGUUUAUCUAUAGUGGAGAUGUUACUUUACAACAAGGCUGAUAUUAAUAAGUGUACAGGUCUUGGUUCUCCUAUUUCUGUAGCUUGUCUUGAGGGUAAUAUAGAUAUAGUCAAAAUAUUAUUGGCAAAUGGAGCAAAUUAUAAUAAAUGUGUAAAAGUAGGUUUUUAUUUUUACUCCCCAAAACAAAUUGCCAUAAAGCAGGGGCAUAUUAACAUUGCUAUUUUGAUUUGUAAACAUUCAGAUAGAAUCAAUUUCAUAUGUAGAAAUAUGAAACACAUUUUAAAUAGAUUUAACCAGUUGUAUUGA